AUGACUGCUAAUUCCAAAUUUAUUGAAUACAUUGAUGAAGCUUUGGAAAAAUCAAAAGAAACUGCACUGUCUCACUUGUUUUUCACCUAUCAGGGGAUUCCUUACCCAAUCACCAUGUGCACCUCAGAGACUUUCCAAGCCUUGGACGCCUUUGAAGCCAGAAGUGAUGACAUAGUGCUAGCAUCUUAUCCAAAGUGUGGUUCCAAUUGGAUUCUCCACAUUAUUAGUGAAUUAGUAUUUGCUGACUCUAAAAGAAAAUAUGAAUAUCCAGAAUUUCCAGUUCUUGAAUGUGGGGACCCAGAAAAAUACCAGAGAAUGAAACAGUUUCCACCACCAAGGAUUUUGGCAACUCACCUCCAUUAUGACAAACUACCUGGAUCCAUCUUCAAGAAGAAAGCCAAAAUAUUGGUGAUAUUUCGAAAUCCUAAAGACACGGCAGUAUCUUUUUUCCAUUUCCACAAUGAUGUUCCUGAUAUUCCAAGCUAUGUUUCUUGGGAUGAAUUCUUCAGACAGUUCAUGAAAGGACAAGUUUCCUGGGGAAGCUAUUUUGAUUUUGCAAUUAAUUGGAACAAACAUCUUGAUGAUGAAAAUGUUAAGUUCAUACUAUAUGAAGACCUGAAAGAGAAUUUGGCUGCUGGAAUAAAACAAAUUGCUGAGUUCUUUGGAUUCUCCCCAUCUGGGGAGCAGAUUCAAACUAUCUCGGCCCAGAGUACCUCCCAGGCAAUGCAAGCAAAGUCCCAGGAAACGCAUGGUGCUGUGGGCCCAUUCCUGUUCCGCAAAGGUGAAGUUGGUGAUUGGAAAAAUGUGUUCAGUGAAACUCAGAACCAGGAAAUGGACGAAAAAUUCAAAGAGUGCUUAGCAGGCACUGCCCUGGGAACAAAGCUGAAGUAUGACUCAUACUGCCAGGCUUGAUUCUGGCCAAUUCAGCUUAUUUUCCUUAAUAAUGACUGAAUUUAAAUAAGCACAUGAUAAUUGAAUCAAAUAAUGAUAAUUAAAUAACAUUUAGACAUAAAUAAGUUUAACAAUAAUGAUAACAAAUGAAAAUUUAAGCACAAACUUAAGUUUGUUCACUUUCUGAGGAAAGGGUAGUUUAGCUGUCCAAAGGGGAUGCUAUUGUUAACGUGGUAUCCUGGGUUCACACAAGAGCAUAAGCCAUUCCUAUCAGAAACAUACCUAAAUCUGUGCUUGAGCACAGAUGAGACAGGCCUUCAAAUGUUCACAAUGUUUUCUCCUCUCACAAAAAUUCCUCUCUUUCUCACUAUGCAUCAGAGCCCUUGUGGUGCCUAUCUCACACUUACUGCUGUGGGAAAUUUAAUUCCAACUCUGCACUGAAGUCAAAUGAAUAAAU